AUGACCAAAAGGUUGAUGUUACUAGAAGAAAAUCAAAUUGCCUUUCACUCUGAGGAUGGUUUGAUUUUUGAUGUUGUCGAGGAUUAUUCUCUUCAAAUUGCGAAGAUGCUAGGUUUAAAUGAUGAUUCUCAAUUUCUUCAAGCCGGUGUGCAGACUGUACUAGAUAUUGGUUGCGGUUUUGGUAGCUUUGGAGCUCAUUUAGUAUCACUAAAUGUAAUGGCUAUUUGUAUCGCGGCAUAUGAGGCAACUGGCAGUCAAGUUCAAUUGACCCUUGCGAGAGGUCUUCCAGCAAUGAUUCGCAAUUUCAUUACAAGACAGCUUCCAUUUCCAACAUUGUCUUUUUUGAAAUGGUUCAUUGCUCAAUGUGGUAUUGUUUGGGACAAAAAAGAUUGGAUGUUGCUUUUAGAAGUUGACCGGGUACUCAAGCCUGGUGGCUACUUUGUUUUGACCUCAUCCACAAGCCAGCCAUAUGGAAGUUCUUUGAGCAUGAAGAAUAGCAUGUUGACACCAAUGGAGGAAUUGACCCCAAAAAUCUGUUGGAAUUUAAAAGCUCAGCAAUAUGAAACUUUCAUAUGGCAGAAAACUGUGGUUUCUGAUUGCUAUACAUCUUGCAAGCAGGGUGCUAUACCACUUUGUAAUGAAGGGCAUGAGUUCGGAGUUCAGCCUGACUAUUUCUUUGAGGACUUACAGAUUUGGAGAUCAGCUCUGAAAAACUAUUGGUCUUUGCUUACACCCUUGAUUUUCUCUGACCAUCUGAAGAGACCAGGUGAUGAAGACCCAUUAUCUCCAUUAAACAUGAUACGCAAUGUGAUGGAUAUGAGUGCUCACUAUGGGGGUUUAAAUGCUGCUUUUCUGGAGGAAAGAAAAUCAGUUUGGGUGAUGAAUGUCGUGGCUGUCAAUGCUCCCUAUACACUUCCUCUCAUACUAGAUCAAGGUUUUGCUGGUGUUUUGCAUGACUGGUGUGAACCGUUCCCUACAUAUCCUGGAACCUAUGAUUUGCUGCAUGCGAAUGGGCUGCUCUCACAUCUGUCUUCAGAGAGGUGCGGCAUGAUGGAUUUAUUCUUGGGGAUGGAUCGGAUUCUGCAACCUGAGGGAUGGGUUUUCUCUGUGAUAAAGUGGGAGCUAUUGAGAUGGCAUGUGUGUUUGCUACACAAAUGCUUUGGGAAGCAAGGGUGA